CAUUUUGCACGCUUUUCAAAAAUUGUUUUUUUAUCUUCGGCAUUAUUCUAACCUGAUUUCCUCAAAUAUUCAGCUGUUUUGACAGGUGAUCUUCUUUAGUUUUCAAAAUAUACAACACAAAAGACUCCCAGCUUUCGCACAAGUUUUUUAAGGUUUUUAAACCUUAAAGAUGUCGGACACAUGGUCGGACAUUCAAGAGCACAAGCGACGUCAGGAAAGUCUACGUGAACGUCUUGCUAAAAGAAGAAGAGAGCGACAAGGAAUAAAUGUUAGCGAAGGAGAUGGUACUGCAACUCCCCCACCCUCCUCCCCACAGUCCAUUGAGGAAACAAGCACAGCAGCAAAGGCAGCAGAGUUGGUUAAAGUAGAUCCUUUAUUGGAAAGUAACCUGAUUGAAUGCCUGUGGGAUUCAACAUUUAUUUUACCUGUAGACUCACUAAAUAUCUUGAACCAUUUGCUUAAAAAUGUGAAAAGCAGUAUCCCUCCAACAAGAGAAGCUGUUGAAAAUUUGUUACAAAAGUUAGCUAUUCAGGACUUUAUAAGCAUCAAAAAAGGCACCAUAACUGAUGGCAAACCAGCAAUUAUAGUCACUGAUAAGGAUCACUCAAAGCUUGAUGCAGUUGCACAAGAACUCAAUAAGGACACUGAUGAGAAGUCAGCAUCUAAAAAGAGAAAAAGAGAAAGUGAGUCAAGUGAUACAUUAACCAAAGCAGCACCAGCAACCAACAAAGCAAAGACUGCUGAGUCUGAGGAUGACCUCCAGGCCCUGCUCUCCAUGCCGACAAUGAAGGAAUUGGAGACAAAAAAGGUUGGGACAGAYAUYUUGGAUCUAUUGAAUGUCCCGUCACACAGGGAGCAAAAUACAGUUGCAAAGUUCAGAUCUCAAGGUGGUGCAUUUGUGCAYGAAUUCUGUGAGCAUGGAACAAGAGCAGAAUGUCAGAAAAACAAACCAACAGAAACUUGUAAAAAGGUUCACUUUAGAAARAUACUUCAAAAACACACAGAUGAAUCCCUGGGUGACUGCUCUUUUCUCAACACAUGUUUUCAUAUGGAUACAUGCAAGUAUGUACACUACGAGGUAGAUUACAAUGAUAUGGCAAUGAAGAAGAARGAAGAACUGGAAAAAGAGAAAAGUAAACAAGGGACUCAAAUUUCAAAGAGUGAACCAAGCAAAAUCAUAUUAUAUCCCCCACAGUACAUACAGUGCGAUAUCAGGUCAUUAGAUUACUGUGUUCUUGGAAAGUUUUCUGUCAUCAUGGCUGACCCACCUUGGGAUAUUCACAUGGAGCUCCCAUAUGGCACAAUGUCUGAUGACGAGAUGAGACAGCUCAACAUCCCUGCUCUACAAGACAAUGGAUAUAUAUUCUUGUGGGUCACUGGAAGAGCAAUGGAAUUGGGUAGAGAGUGCUUGGAGUUAUGGGGAUAUGAAAGAUGUGAUGAACUUAUCUGGGUGAAGACKAAUCAGCUACAAAGACUGAUMAGAACAGGAAGGACAGGGCAUUGGCUCAACCAUGGAAAAGAGCACUGCCUGGUUGGCGUGAAAGGUGAUGUUUCAGGAUUUAACAGAGGUCUAGACUGUGAUGUCCUUGUWGCAGAGGUCCGAGAAACAAGCCACAAACCUGAUGAAAUAUAUGGUGUCAUUGAAAGAUUGUCUCCUGGAGGAAGAAAGCUAGUUGGAAGACAACACAACGUACAGCCUAACUGGAUCACCCUUGGUAAUCAGUUGGAUGGUGUCCAUCUUCUUGAUCCUGAGGUUGUUGCUCGCUUCAAGAAGCGGUAUCCAGAUGGAAACCCAAUGCUGGCCAAAUCAAAAUCAAGCUAGUUAAAAAUGGGGCCACAGUAUUGUUAUAUAUUGAAAAACUUCACUAUGGAAAUC